UGACAGGUAGCAGCCAGCGAGCCUCCAUCUUGGGCUUCGCAGAGCAGCCGAAAUAUAUCCCAAACAACAACAACACAGCCAGGAUGUCGCUUGGGCGCGAUGAUGUGAGUCUCCUUUAAAGAUAACAGCUCGCUAAAAGAGGCCGCUUUAAAGCCCCCCGGAGGGAAGGAGCAUGGAAAGGAGCGGCAGCGGCUGGUCGGGAAGGCGGCGUUAACGACGAUUAGCCCCAGCAAGCUUUCGCCGGUCGGUUCGGAGGGGACUUUUUCGACAAACGUCUUGACAGGCUCCACUCACACACAGGAUGGGCGUCAAGAAGAAACUGGUGGUCUUCCUCCUGGUCCUGUGCGUUUGCCUCCAGGGAGCGUCUGCCAAAGAGAAGGGAACCAAGAAGGGGAAGAAGAAAGGGAAGCAGGUUUACUGCCCGUCGCAACUGUCAUCCGAAGAUCUGGCCCGUGUUCCUGCCAAUUCCACUAGUAACAUCUUGAAUAGGUUACUCAUCAGCUACGAUCCCAGAAUACGGCCCAACUUCAAAGGAAUACCUGUGGAAGACAGAGUGAACAUUUUCAUCAACAGCUUCGGCUCCAUCCAGGAGACGACCAUGGACUACCGAGUCAAUAUCUUCCUGCGGCAGCGCUGGAACGACCCGCGGCUCAAGCUGCCGCAGGACUUCAAGUCCGACUCGCUCACCGUGGAUCCCAAGAUGUUCAAAUGCCUGUGGAAGCCCGACCUGUUCUUUGCCAACGAGAAGAGCGCCAACUUCCACGACGUCACGCAGGAGAACAUCCUUCUCUUCAUCUUCCGCAACGGCGAUGUGCUCAUCAGUAUGAGGUUGUCCGUCACGCUGUCUUGUCCGCUGGACCUGACUUUGUUCCCCAUGGACACCCAGAGGUGCAAAAUGCAACUGGAAAGCUUUGGCUACACCACGGACGACCUGCAGUUCAUGUGGCAGACGGGGGACCCCGUGCAGAUGGACGCCAUCGCCCUGCCCCAAUUUGACAUCCGACAAGAAGACAUCGACUACGGCAACUGCACCAAGUUCUACGCAGGAACAGGCUACUACACUUGCGUGGAGGUCAUCUUCACCCUGAGGCGACAGGUGGGCUUCUACAUGAUGGGCGUUUAUGCGCCCACGCUGCUCAUCGUGGUGCUCUCCUGGCUGUCCUUCUGGAUCAACCCCGACGCCAGUGCUGCACGAGUGCCGUUGGGCAUCCUGUCCGUGCUGUCCCUGUCUUCUGAGUGCACGUCCCUGGCUUCGGAGCUUCCUAAGGUGUCGUACGUGAAGGCCAUCGACAUCUGGCUGAUCGCCUGCCUGCUGUUCGGAUUCGCCUCCCUGGUGGAGUACGCCGUGGUGCAGGUCAUGCUCAACAGCCCCAAGCGCAUCGAGGCUGAGAAGGCCAAGAUAGCAUCCAAGGAGAAGGCGGUGGGCAAGAGCGCCGCCAACGCCGCCGCCAGGAACAACACCGUCAAUGGCACCGGGGGAACGCCGCUCCAUGUCAGCACCUUGCAUGUGGCGGAGACGCGCUGCAAGAAGGUGUGCACUUCCAAGUCGGACCUGCGCACCAACGACUUCAGCAUCGUGGGCUCGCUCCCGCGGGACUUUGAGCUGUCGAACUUUGACUGCUACGGCAAGCCCAUCAACACGGCCGGCGGCGGCGGCAAAUCGCAGGCCAAGAACAACAAGAAGCCGCCGCCCCCCAAACCAGUCAUCCCGUCGGCCGCCAAGCGUGUGGACCUUUAUGCCCGCGCCCUCUUCCCCUUCUCCUUCCUCUUCUUCAACGUCAUCUACUGGUCGUGUUACUUGUGAUCGCCGACGCCCGGACCAACGUCGCCCACCCACGCCCCCCCAAAAAUCGGUGUUUCCUCCCAACAAAAGCGUGUUAAUUCCACCACCCUUACAAAAGUAAAACUAUAUAAUCUAUUUAUCUUAUCUAAAUGUUAUUUAUCAUCACUGCUGAUGAUUUAUUCAAAAGCUUUGCCAAAUGCACACUUCUAGAAAAAGAGCUAAUAUGAGGGGUGGGCAAAGUAUGGGCCUGGAGAAACAUAUGGGCCGGGUAAUUUUUUUAAUCCGGUCCACAAAUUAGUUAUGGUGCAUCUGAAAAAUAUUGUUGAUGCUUCACUUUUUUUCCAUAUUGUAUUUUACAGCCUUAGUCCAAAACUCAGUCUAAAAAAAUCUGAAUUCUACACUCAACACCCCAUGAUGACAUGAAAAGGUUUUUGCAAACUUAUUAUAAAUAUUUGCAAAAAUGGAAAAACAACUUUUCAUGUAGAAAUUUUCUGAUUCCCCCCCCAUCCCCCAUAAAAAUUGCUUAAUUAAAAUGUAGUCACACCCUUUUAUUUAUGUUAUCAUUAACUGAUUGUUUCAUUGAUAUACUGUCACUAAUGAUAAAAUCAUCAGUAAACUAAAACUCUUUAAAUGUACUUUUAAUGGCUUUUAUUUUUUUAUUGAAAAAUUGGUUGUUAAAUCAAUUAGAAAUGUAAAAAUGGUUGAUUUAGUGUGAAUAAUUAAAAGAGUAUUAGUAAAAUUACCACUAUCAUGUACAAUUCUGUUUCAAAUUUGUUUUUAGAUAUUGGUUAAUUAACUAUAAAAUUAAAUAAUGAGAAGAUUUUUUAAUUACAUAAUUGAAAUAUUUUUACAUGUACAUUUAACACAUUUAUUAAGUUGGUUAAUAAAUAAUUGAUUAGUUGAUUGCAAUUUAAAAUGAAAAUAUUGUUUGAUAGUUACAGAUAAACCUUUACAUAUUUUAGAUAUGUGAAUUUUUUUAGUGUAUUCAUCUCGUCUACGAAUGGAUCUUGUUUUAUCUAUCUUGUUUUAAAACUCAAAUUUGACCCGUCAGCAAAAGUUUGCCCACCCCUGGCUUUUAUAUAUAUAUAAAUAUAUAGCUAUAUAUUUAUAUGUAUUAUAUAUAUGUACAUAGCUUCUAUUUAUCAUCUGCUUUUUUUUUCUUUGAUUUUAACGCGCCAAGCGAAACAUUUCGUCGUUACUUUGCAUGUUUUCAAAGCCGGGAAACGCAUGCAUGUGUGAACAUAGAAAUAUAAGGUAUAAGUGGGCAUUUUAAACAAGACAUUUUUUUUGGGUGGGGGUUUCCCUAAGAUUCUUUGCUCUUCAGCAACAGCCCCCCCCCCCCCCCCCGCCCCCAUCCCCUCCCACUCCUCCACCAUGAUGUUUUCCACCUGUGUACGCAGGUUGCAAAAAGCAAAAGUUCCAAUAAAAAGACUUCACGUAACGUGAUGCACA